AUUCAGCACAGCUCUGUGUGUAGGGGGAUGGAAGGAAAAAGAGGGAGGAGUUAGUUUCAUGUGCAGGCAUAUGUCCGGCGUCUGAAAAAACUCACAUUUUCCUCAAGCAGCAACGAGAGGUGAGAAGCGGACGGGGAAUACAACCUGCAUCCACGUGAUGUUGCUCACUCUCCUUUACAGUUGCACCGGUGGGGCUGCCCUGCUCUAUGCACUGUACAGAUGGGUGAUCCCUACUGUUGUGCAGUAUCAUGCAGGACUGGCGCUUAUUUGGCAUGAUGGGAUUGUGGAGGGACUGCUGAAUACACUGACCCAGACUACGCGUCCUCAGCGGAUGUUGGCUGCAGUACAGAAGAAUGCCACAAGAGGAGACCCUCGCAGCGUGGUUAAAGCCAUUGAUCAGUUCUGCAGGCAGAAGGAGUGGGCCAUGAAUGUGGGGGAUGAGAAAGGUUGCAUUCUGGACUCUGUGGUGACUGAAGUAAACCCAGAGACGGUGCUUGAGCUGGGAACCUACUGUGGCUACUCGACUGUGCGCAUCGCCAGCCUGCUUCCUCCUCAGGCUAAGCUCAUCACCCUUGAAUUUAAUCCAGGCAAUGCUGCAAUAGCUCGCCAAGUGAUUGCCUGGGCAGGACUGGAAGAUAAGGUUGAACUAGUUGAAGGAGCAUCUGGUGACUUUAUCCCCAAAAUGAAGGAGAUGUUUGGGAUAAAAACAUUUGAUUUGGUUUUCUUGGACCACUGGAAGGAUCGCUACCUUCCUGACACAAAACUGAUGGAGGAGUGUGGUCUCCUGAGGAAAGGCAGCAUCCUGUUGGCCGAUAACGUCAUUUGCCCUGGAACCCCUGACUACCUUGAAUACAUCCGUAACAGCCCUCGGUAUAAAAGCCAGUUCUUCAAAUCCCACCUGGAGUACACCAAAGUGGAAGAUGGCUUGGAGAAAUCUAUUUUCUUAGGGUAGAUUUGGAACUAAGCCAACCUCAGAUUUUACACAUCUUUUAUUGUGUGAUCAUCAACCAGACAUUCAAUAUAUGAAAUUCUUUCGUUUUUUUUCUAAUGUGAUGAAUACAUUAACUUGAAAAUUAAAGUAACAUGGAAUAAAAACAUUGCGUGUUGUUUGGGACCUGAAGCUGGAAGAUGUAGAGAACUUUGCAGAGAUGUUUAUAUCCCUUGAACAUUUUCACAUUCAUGUCACAUACGUCAUAUUAUAAAUAUGGAAAAUUUGUUGGAUUUUAUUGGCAGUUAAAGUGACAUAUAAAGUUACUUAACAUAAACUGGAGGCAAAUGAUACACAUUGUUCUUACAAGCCUUUUAUGCGUUUGUAAUCAAGUCUACUAUGACUAGAAGUAGUAAAUAUAGUCUAGCUUUAUAAGCUGCACUAUUUGUCAGAGAACAAACAACAUUAUGAAGACCAAGGAACAUGUAGCACUGACCAGAAAAACAGCAAAGAGGCUCCAUCAUAACUGCGGGAGCUGCAGACAUCCACCACUCAGGUAAAACAAGAUAACAAAACAGAACAAAUCAUACAUAUCUGGCCUGUAUGGAAAAUGGAAAACUUUUUGAAAGAAAGUCAUAAGUCCUAUUAAAAAUGUACAUUCCAUAUAGGGAAACAAGAAAUAUGUGGUUCUAAAUGCACAUUUUUUUUUUUUUAACAGCCAGGGGGGUAUGAGAGACAGGGGAGAGACAUUUGGGAAAGGACCACAGGUCGGAUUCAAACCUGGGUCGCCCUUGUUGAGGACAAAGGCCUUCAUAUAUGGGUCGUGUGCGCUAACCACUGCCCCACCAAAUCAUGCUCUCUAAAAGCACAUUUUAAAUUUUUUCUAUACAGGAAAAACAUAUGUAUCAUAUGUGGGAGAAAACUAAUUCCACACAACAGCCUAAGCUAACUGUGACCUCAGUGAAACAAGGAGGCAUCAGUAUGCUUCUCUUUUUCCAGUAAGCUGGUCAAAGUAACGGGGAAGAUGGAUGCAGGGCAAGGAAAUCUGUUAGACUUUACUAUGAGCAGCUCAGUUCGUUAGAAUUUAUUGAAACUUAUUUCAUUUUUAAUUCUUAUGUUAAAUACUGUAUUUGUAUGGAGAUAAAUGUGUCUCAAUAUUAUUCAAUCAAAUAAAAUAUAUCCCACUAAAA